AUGGUCUCCCCGCAAACCCAGACGACCAUUAUCCCCCACAGCCAGCAGCCGCUCGUCACCCGUACAUAUCCAUCGGGGAGCGAGCUCGACGUUGUCAUCGAGCGGGCUGGAGUGGCGCAGAAGUCAUGGAGUCGCGUAUCAGUGCAGGAGAGGGUAGCGAUUGGCAGGAAGUUCGUGGAAGAGUUCCGUAAUAUGAGCGAGGAGAUACCGAUGGAAUUGACUUUGCAGAUGGGCCGUCCUGUCUCGCAAUGCCCUGGCGAAAUACGAGGGACUCUCGAGCGUGCCGAAUACAUGCUCAGCAUUGCAGAGUCGUGCCUUGCGGAUGUAUCACUCAAAGACACCGACAAGCCGGGCUUCAAGCGGUUCAUUAAGCGUGUCCCUCUCGGCGUCGUCCUCGUCAUCGCGCCCUGGAACUACCCCUACCUCACCACCGUCAACUCGGUCCUCCCCGCACUCAUUGCGGGCAACGCCGUGAUCCUUAAGCCGUCCCCGCAAACUCCGCUCACAGCAGAACGCUUUUCGCUCGCAUUUUCCCGCGCAGGGCUCCCGGCGGAUCUGUUACAGGUCGUACAUAUGUCCCCCGAGCUCGCGUCGCAUGCGGUGCAGCAUCCAUCAGUGAACUUUGUGUCGUUCACAGGGAGCGUUGUUGGUGGGCGGUCAGUCGCACAGAAUGCGGCGAGUGCGAAGGGCUUCAAGGGUGUGGGGCUUGAACUGGGAGGCAAGGAUCCGGCGUAUGUGCGUGCAGACGCUAACUUAGAGUAUACUGUUGGGGAGCUGGUCGAUGGCGCGAUGUUCAACUCGGGACAGAGCUGCUGUGCGGUUGAGAGAAUAUAUGUCCACGAAUUACUCUAUGAUGAAUUCGUUGCGAAAUAUGUCGAUAUCGUGAAGAAAUACACGCUGGGCGAUCCUACGCAAGCAGGAGUGAACCUCGGCCCUGUGGUCAGCCGCGCCAGCGCAGAGAGGAUACGCAAGCAGAUCGCCGACGCAGUGAAGGCAGGAGCGAAGGCGUUGGUCCCGGAGGACCUCUUUCCGAAUGCACAACCCGGGACGACCUACGUUGCGCCGCAGGUCCUGGUUGACGUCGACCAUUCUAUGGAAGUAAUGAUGGAAGAAACCUUCGGUCCUGUCAUAGGGAUCAUGAAGGUCUCUUCCGAUGAAGAAGCUAUUCGCCUUAUGAAUGACUCACCCUACGGCCUGACAGCGUCCGUCUGGACCGAUGCAGCUGAAAAUCCCGAAUCUGAGGCGGCCUUCCUCGCGAUUAUGGAGGAACUGCAGACCGGUACCGUCUUCCUCAACCGAUGUGACUAUCUCGAUCCUGCUCUUGCUUGGACGGGUGUGAAGGAUAGCGGACGAGGAGUGAGCCUCAGCAAAUUUGGCUACGACCAGCUUACGAGGGCGAAGUCGGUACACAUGAAAAUUAAAAUAUAG